UCACUUCCCGGGGCGAAGACUAGUCUUCAUUCGCGACACAUUCGAUUCAGACCGGCUGACAGUCACGCGAUCUUCAAGAUGCCACAACCAGGCGGAGAUCACUUGAUCAUUUCUAUCGCCACUCUGUUGGCCUUUAUCUGUUACCUAGAUCUCGCAAAUGCAGCCAGUUAUCAGCUGCAAUCCUACGAUCUGGAUACGGAUAACGCGGCUGUAUCGAACUCUAGCGAGGAGGAGUUCAAUGCAAGUGCAGGAGUCACCGCCCUGGAAAGACCUCUUUCCUGGCUACGGAACGCCAACAGCAUGUUCGGCAGUCCCGCUGGUCAUGUGGUCAUCCAGGUGGCCAAGGAGCUGCUGCAUCGCUCAGCCGGAAACAGUCAGGUGCUAAGUCUGAAUCUCACGAAUCUGCUGAUCAUCAUACUCCUGAAAGUCCUGAUCUUCUCCGCCGGCAUGCUGGGCGCAGGACACUGGAGUGGCUAUGGCUAUGGAUAUGGUCGCUCCGCCGGCCGUAGCGAUAACCUAGGUUUGGGCAUAGCUUCUGGCGAGGACUAUCUGAUAACCGGAUUUCUGGCCGCCCAAGGAGCCGGCAGAGAUGAGUGCCUCUACGCCGCAUCCUGUGCCUGCCCCACAUCGGCCUACGAGUACGCGAAAGCAGGACGUGCUCUUAUGGGCGCCAUUGAAGUUUUCCAAGGAGUGCCGCUGGAGAAGCCGCGCUACAACGACCUCGUCGUCCUCAUGGAGCGCGCCGCCUACGAUGGCUUCCGAGGAGCGGCCUGCAACACCACGCAGACCUGUGACGGAUUGCUCUAGGAUUCCAAAGUAAAUGCACUCCUAUUUAUGUAUCUAUUUAAAUGUAUAUUAAAUCAUUAGGUGUAGUACAAACGAGG